AUAUCAACAGUCUAUUUUCGUUCUAAACUUACAGCUGAAUGGAGCACGGGAAAACUUCCCAGAAGACAAUAUCAUGGGAGUCAAGGACCAGUAUAAAAUCUGCGUCCUGCGGGUGAUAGAAUGUAGUCCCCAAAGUGCGUUACUGUGACUCCAAGAUGACCAUUAAGGAAAAGCUUGACAAAUUGUUGCCUCUUUUUGAGAAGUUGACCACUCUCACAAGGCAUCAGUUGCCCCCAGACCAGAGGGACUCAAGACUUUUGGGAGUUGGAGUCUUGCCCAGAGGAAGCCUUUUCUCAUGCUUUCACGAAAAACAUUUAAAAGAAGCUACCAAGCUCUUUGAGAUUUUAUACGCUGCCGCCGACUUCGAUGACUUCUUGAAAUUGGCUACACAAGCUAGACAAAUCGUCAAUGAAGGACUCUUCGUAUACGUUUUGUCUGUAGCAGUAGUGCACAGGGAUGACUGCAAAGGAGUCACUUUGCCCCCUAUCCAAGAAGUGUUCCCAGAUAGAUUUGUUCCAGCUGAAACAAUCAACUUGGCCCAGAAGGAAGCCAGGAAUAAGCCUACAGAAGAUGUGGUUGUUGAAAUUGAAGAUACUGGCAACAUUUUGGAACCCGAAUACAAGCUGGCUUAUUUCCGUGAAGAUAUCGGAAUUAAUGCCCAUCAUUGGUAUUGGCACGUUGUUUAUCCAGCCAAUUGGAAUGAAGAUCUAACUGGAAAAAUCAAGGAUAGGAAGGGAGAACUUUUCUACUACAUGCAUCAACAGAUGUGCGCCAGAUACGACUGCGAAAGACUGUCUAACGGUUUAAACAGAAUGGUUCCUUUCCACAACUUCGAAGAGAAACUUGAAGGUUACGCUCCUCACUUGACCUCACUCGUCAGCGGUCUGCAUUACGCUUCCAGACCCCAAGGCUUCAGUCUUCGGGAUCUCACAGAUGUGGAUGUACAAGACAUGGAAAGAUGGAGAGAACGUAUCCUUGAAGCUAUUGAUCUAAAACAUGUCCAUGAUGCUCAAAAUAACGAAUUGCCUUUGGAUGAAACUAAUGGCGCUAACAUUUUGGGUACCAUCAUUGAGGCUAGCUCUUCUUCACCAAACAAGGGCUUCUACGGCUCCCUACACAACUGGGGACACGUCAUGAUGGCCAGAAUGCACGAUCCUGAUGGCAGAUUCCAGGAAAAUCCAGGUGUAAUGAGCGACACUUCAACUUCUCUCCGAGAUCCUAUUUUCUACAGAUGGCAUAGAUUUGUUGACAACAUCUUCCAACAAUACAAAGCCACUCUUAAGCCCUACACCAGAGAACAAUUGUCUUUCGCCGGUGUAAAGGUCGUCGGUGCUGAGGUCAAAGCUAAGCAAACUAAUGUUGUGACCACAUUCAUGAAAGAUGACGAGCUUGAACUUUCACAUGGAAUUGACUUCGGAACUGGUCACAAAGUCAAGGUACGUUACCACCAUUUGGAUCACGAGCCUUUCUCUAUCCUCAUCAACGUUGAUAACACCAGCGGUGCACCAAAGCACGCUACCGUCAGAAUUUUCUUGGGACCUAAAUACGAUGAAUUGGGCAAUCGAUUAGUUCCCGAUCAACAGCGAAGACUCUUCAUUGAAUUGGACAAAUUCCACAAACAAUUGACACCAGGAGCCAACCAGAUCAGCCGAAACGCUAUCGAUUCAAGCGUAACUUUGGCUCACACUUACACUUUCAAUGAGCUCAGAGCUGGUCAAAGUGGAUCUCAAGAUGCUAGUGAGUACUGCAGUUGUGGAUGGCCCGAACAUAUGCUCGUUCCCAGAGGUACACACAAAGGCAUGGAAUACGAACUUUUCGUCAUGCUCACUGACUACACUCAAGAUAACCCUGAAGGAGCUAAUGUUAAGACUAUUUGCAAUGAUGCUGUCAGCUAUUGUGGUGCUAAGGAUCAGAAAUACCCUGACAAGAAACCCAUGGGAUUCCCCUUCGACAGGCCUUGCACUGCCUUGACCGCUGCUGAAAUCCUGACUGAAAACAUGUCUUUGACUCCAGUACAGAUCAAGUUCUUGGAAAAAGCUGCUUUGGGUCGAAUUCCGGACUUGGUAUUAGAUCCUGACGUCCAGCUGAAGAUGACCGUCAAAGAAAAGCAGACUCGAGUGUGCACCUUGCUUACUCACUUGACUUCAGUGAGCAAGACUGUUGUCCCAGUUGAGGACAGGGAUCCAAGACUCAAUGGCAUCGGAAAGCUGCCCCAAGGAGAACUUUUCUCAUGUUUUCAUGAGAAAGGCUUGGCUGAGGCUACUAAGCUUUACGAAACACUCUAUGCUGCAAAAGAUUUUGAAGAUUUCAUGAAUUUAGCCAAACAGGCUAGAACUUUUGCAAAUGAAGGUCUUUUCGUUUAUGCCGUUUCUGUUGCAAUUUUGCAUAGAGCUGAUUGCAGAGGAGUAACUGUACCACCUAUUCAAGAAAUCUUCCCCGACAGAUUCAUUCCCACUGAAACCAUCAGUUUGGCACAGAAAGAAGUAGCCAAUCACCCUGAUAAGGACGUUAAAGUCGAAAUUGAAACUACUGGAAACAUCUUGGAUCCUGAAUACAAAAUGAGCUAUUUCCGUGAAGAUGUUGGCACUAAUGCCCACCAUUGGCACUGGCACAUCGUCUACCCUGCCACCUGGAAACCAGAAGUUAUGGGAAAAAUCAAAGACAGGAAGGGAGAACUCUUCUAUUAUAUGCAUCAACAGAUGUGUGCCAGAUACGAUUGCGAGCGUCUGUCGAAUGGAAUGAGAAGAAUGAUUCCCUUCCACAAUUUCGAAGAAAACUUAGAAGGAUAUGCCCCUCACUUGACAUCUCUUGUGAGCGGUCUUCAAUACUCUUCCCGACCACAAGGUUUCUCCCUUCACGACUUGAAGGACGUUGAUGUUCAAGACAUGACCCGAUGGAGAGAGCGAAUCAUUGAAGCCAUCCAUCUGGGAUACGUAGAAGAUGAAAAACAUCAACGAAUCACUUUGACACCUGAAAACGGCAUCGACAUUUUGGGAUCCCUCCUUGAAUCCAGCUAUGAAUCCAAGAACAAACUGUUCUAUGGAAGCCUCCACAACUGGGGACACGUCAUGAUGGCCAACAUCACUGACCCAGAUGGCCGAUUCAAUGAAAACCCAGGAGUCAUGAGCGAUACCUCAACCUCACUUCGUGAUCCAAUCUUCUACAGAUACCAUCGAUUCAUUGAUAACAUCUUCCAAGAAUAUAAAUCAACUUUGACACCAUACACAAAAGCCGAUCUUGAAUUUCCUGGUGUUCAAGUUGUUAAUGUCACAGUCAAUGCUAAAGUUCCCAAUUUCAUCACAACUCACAUGAAGACUGAUGAACUUGAAUUGACACAUGGCAUUGACCUUGGAACAAGUCAUUCAGUCAAGGUUCUUUACCAACAUUUGGAUCACGAACCUUUCACCUACACCAUUAAUGUUGAUAAUGGAUCUGGUGGUGCUAAGCAAGCUACAGUCAGAAUCUUCCUUGGUCCUAAAUACGAUGAAUUGGGUAACCGAUUGGAUCCUGAGCAUCAACGAACCCUCUGCAUUGAAUUGGACAAAUUCCAAGUCGAAUUGGCCGCUGGAAAGAGCUCAAUCACUAGAGAUCAUAAGCUAUCCAGUGUUACAGUGUCUGAGACCCACAAUUUCGCCAAACUUCUCGCUGGUGAAGGUGUAAGUGAAGCUACCACUGAAUUCUGCAGUUGCGGAUGGCCAGAGCACAUGCUCAUUCCACGUGGUAGUCACAAGGGAACUGAAUUUGAUCUGUUCGUCAUGUUGACCGACUACUCUAAAGACGCUGUUGAUGGUGAAAGCAGUGGAAUCUGCCAAGAUGCCAUCAGCUAUUGUGGUGCCAAGGACCAAAAAUACCCAGACAAGAAACCAAUGGGUUUCCCAUUCGACCGUGUCAUUACAGCUGGCACAGUUCACGAAUUUUUGGUUCCAAACAUGUGUGUUACUGAUGUUAAGAUCAAGCAUCAACCCAGAGAACCAUACAUGUUCGGUUCUUUUUACCACAAUCAGUUUUCAAGCACCAUGCCAGCCGACAAGCAACGUCGUAUUUUGCCUCUGUUUGAGCAUUUGACCUCUCUGACCAGGUCAGUUUUGCCUCCUGAAGAGAGAGAUCCAAGGUUGAGAAAGUUGGGAAGAUUGCCACGUGGUACUCUUUUCUCCUGCUUCCACACUGAGCAUCUUAUUGAAUCUCAAGAACUUUUUGAAACCCUCCAUGCUGCCAAGGACUUUGAAGAUUUCAUGCGCCUGGCUGAACAGGCUAGAGACAUUGUUAAUGAAGGGAUGUUCGUGUAUUCCACUUCUGUAGCUCUUUUGCAUAGAGAUGACUGCCGAGGAGUCACUGUUCCUCCCAUUCAAGAGAUCUUCCCAGAUCGAUUCAUUCCAUCAGAAACAAUCAAUCAGGCCAUCAAAGCAGAUCUUCAGAGAAAAGAUGACGCUCCAGUUCUUGUUGAUACUAUCCAAACUGGAAACAUUUUGGAUCCUGAAUAUAAACUUGCCUACUUCCGAGAAGACAUUGGCGCAAAUGCUCACCAUUGGCAUUGGCACAUUAUUUACCCCGCCACUUGGCGCCCUGAAGUCAUGGGUAAAGUAAAGGACAGGAAAGGAGAACUUUUCUACUACAUGCAUCAACAAAUGUGUGCCAGAUACGAUUGUGAUCGUCUAUCCACUGGUCUUCAGCGCAUGAUUCCUUUCCAUAACUUCAAUGAAGAACUCGAAGGCUACUCCCCCCAUCUGACAUCUCUGGUCAGUGGACAUCACUAUGCCAACCGUCCAUCUGGCAUCCGUCUUCACGAUUUGAACGAUCUCGUAGACGUUCUCGACAUGAACAGAUGGAGAGAACGACUUCUCGGUGCCAUCCACUUGGGAGUGGUGAUUGAUGAUCACGGAAACGAAGUUGUGCUCACUCCAGAACACGGAAUCGAUAUGCUGGGAUCCAUGCUAGAAUCCAGUUACGAAUCCAAAAACCGAGAAUAUUAUGGAAACCUCCACAAUUCUGGACACGUCAUGAUGGCUCGUAUCCAUGACCCAGACGGCAGAUAUAAGGAAAAUCCAGGUGUGAUGAGUGAUACAUCAACUUCCCUUCGGGAUCCUAUCUUUUACAGGUAUCAUAGAUUUAUCGACAACAUCUUCCAAGAGUACAAAGCAACUUUGCCAAUUUAUGAUAAGAAAGAUUUGGACUUCGCUGGAGUUACUGUUGUCAAUGUCACAGUUAAUGCCAAACUGCCCAAUGUGGUUAACACUUUCAUGAAAGAAGAUCAGUUGGAACUUUCUCACGGUAUCUCACUUAAAGGAGCUGUAAAGGUUAGGUAUGAGCAUCUUGACCACGAACCAUUCAGCUACAACAUCAGUGUUGAGAAUUCCAGUGGAGCAGCUAAGCACGCUACUGUCCGAAUCUUUUUGGGACCUGUACACGAUGAAUUGGGAAACAAACUCUCCAUCAACGAGUCAAGGAGGUUUUACAUCGAACUUGACAAAUUCCAUGCUGAAUUGGCUGCUGGCAAGAAUACAAUUACUCGCAAAUCCAUUGAUUCUGCUGUCACCGUUGCACCAACACCAAAAUUCUCUCAACUUCAAUCUGGAGAGGGAAUCAGCGAGAAUAACACCGAGUUCUGCAGUUGCGGUUGGCCCCAGCAUCUUCUUGUUCCAAGGGGAACUCACAAGGGCAUGGACUUCUAUCUUUUUGUUAUGCUUACAGAUUAUGAGCAAGAUCAUGUUGGUACCCUGAAUGCUCAAGCAAUCUGCGCUGAUGCUGUCAGCUAUUGUGGAGCUAAGGAUCAGAAAUACCCUGACAAGAAGUCUAUGGGUUAUCCAUUUGAUCGAAUCAUCAGGGCACGCACAAUUGCUGAAUUCUCUACUCAGAACAUGAAUUUCCAAGAAGUCAAGAUUCAAUUCAAAGAAUGAACUCUAAAUGAAUAACACGAAGAAAAUACAUCAAAUUUUGUGAUUCAAAAUCAAUUGGUGUACAAACUUUAGUUAUUUAACAAUAAUUUUGUGCUAAUUUAUUUUUAGCGAGCAAAAAUGAAACUAAUUAUAAUAUUUUAAAUGUUAGAAUACAUUCAGAUUUACCUUCACGAUUAUAAGAUAUAACUUUUGAGAUUUCAAAGUAUGUCCUCAACUUGUUUUUAUGACGUUUAUAAACUUGUCUUAUAAAAGCUGUAUUGCCAUUUAUACAAUUGAAAUAAAAGUGUUAUUUUAGAA